AUGAAGAUGAGUAUGUCAUCUGGCUUGGGGGGAUCAAGUGGGAGUACGUCUUUUGGGUGUAGAACAACCUCACGGACUGGCGGUCAAAGGUGCAAAUGUGGGAGGCAAACAAUCAUCUAUACCUCCAAAACAGAGAGAAACCCAAAUAGGGCAUUCUUUGGGUGCCCUAAUUUCAAGGAUAAGAAGCCCUUUUGUAAUUUUUUUAGAUGGGUAGAUGAUGUAUGUAAUGAAAGGCUGGAGCUUGAAGAUGGAAGAAUGAACAAGGUGGAGUUGGAUGUUGCUGAAAUGGAUUUCAAGCUUCAGUAUGUGGACAUGAUGAUGAGUGACCAAUUGCAAGCUAAGUUGAAUGACCAAGGUGUGAAAUUAGUGAGCAAGAACUGA